GAAGGGGGCGUGUCCGACCGCGUUCGAAAGGGGCGGGGCGCAGGUGGGUGUGUCUCUCAGCUGACGCGCGCCGCUCGCGCUCUCUCCUUCUCCUCGCGCGCGCGCUUCAUCUCCGUCGCGGGCGUCAGCAGCAGCGCAUCGCGCGGCUUCACACGUUCGUUCACGCCGCAGCGGCCGAGCAGAGCAGACACACGGACCCGCGGUGAGACAUGUGUGUGACCCGGCUCACUUCCCCUUCAUGCCCGUGUGUGCUGGCGCUGUGGGCGGUGGAGUGAAGCGCUCGAGGCUCCUGGCAUGGGCAGCGUAGGGAGCGGGGCGUCCAGUCAGCGGCCAAUCACAAUGCGCAGCGUGGGCACCCGCACCACCCCAAACGGCCCGCUGGCGGCUGCACCGCCUCCCCCUUCGGCCCGCCGCCGCCUCGAUGACCGCAGCUUCAGCGCCGAGCGCAUCCCCAUCCCCAGCACCAAAACCAAGGGCGUCUCCGCCGACGAGCACAGCUACAAUGCAGAGAGAGAUUACCAUGCUAACGCUCGCAACCACACCGACACAGAGCGCACCGCGGCACACAACACCAACCGCCAGCAGAUGCUCAACGGAGAGAGGCUGGUGUCCAAUGUGGUGUUCACCAAUGGGGCACGGAGGGAAGGACACAGGCGCGGAGAGAGUCUGGACCUGUGUGGGAACAACAUCGUGCUGAACAACGACAAGAACGGCAGCCAUCAAGCUCCACCGCAGCCGCCACAGCACAAGGACAAGAGCAAAGCCAAACCCAAUAAUCAAAACCAGCCCAACAUCCUGCCCAUCUCGGGAAAACUCGAGCAGGCACAGACCAACGACUCUCUGGUGCGUCCAUCAGCCUUCAAACCUGUGGUACCCAAGAGCUUUCACUCCAUGCAGAAUCUGGUGUGUCCCCUGCAGUCCAGCUCUGGGACGGCCGGCGGUCCUGGGAGCAGCGGAAGUGGCGGCAGCGGAGGCGAGAAAGGGGGUCCGAACGCGCCUGGCCCACUGUGGGACCAGGACAGUCCCGGCAGCCGUGGGACACACACCGGUGCAGGCCGGGCCGGACAGGGCAGUCUGUCGGACUCCGGGAGGAACUCUCUGACCAGUCUGCCCACGUACACAGGCUCCAGCUACGGCCCACCGCCUGCGCUCGGACCCCUCAGUGCCUCCACCAGCCACAUCAACCGACUGGGAACCGUCGCCCUGGACAAACUGGACAAGCCGGGUUACCAGAACGGCCUCAGUGCCUCGGACAGCGGCCGCUCAUCCUCAGGCAAGAGCUCCUCCUCGUACCAGCGACUCAGUCACCUGAACGAUGCUCCCGCGCCCCUGAGGCCCUCUCCAUCAUCCGACGACGUUAUUCAGGACCUGGAGGAGCGUCUGUGGGAGAGAGAACAAGAAGUAAGUGAGGUGAUUCACAUGCGGCGAAACCUGGACCAGAGCGAGGCGGCCAUCGUGCAGGUUUUCGAGGAGAAACAGCGCGUGUGGGAGCGUGAGAUGGAGGAGCUGAGGCAGAACUACGCUGGGCGUCUGCAGCAGGUGACCCGACGUGCCCAGCGAACCCAGCAGGCCUUGCAGGCGCAGAUCGCCCGUCUGCAGCAGGACAAGCGGCGUCUGCAGGAUGAGAUGACGAUGCUGCUCGCUCAGAGAGAGGAGCUGGAGAAGAAGUGCUUGGACUUCAGGAAGGAGCAGGCCGAUAUCCUGCCCAGACUAGAGGAGACUAAGUGGGAGGUGUGUCAGAAGGUGGGUGAGAUCUCUCUGCUGAAGCAGCAGCUGAGGGAGAGUCAGGGCGAGGUGACACAGCGGGCCGGAGAGAUGGUGGCACUGCGAGGACAGCUUAAAGACCUCAACGCCCAGCUGAGAGAGCGAGAGGAGGCUGAGAUCAGCCUCAAAGAGUCUUUUUGCACCAAAACCCUGGAGCUGGAGCGCUGCGAGGCCGAGCUACAGACCAUGCUUGCCGAGGUCACAGUGCUGCGGGACAAGCUGAGUGCGUUUGAGACGGAGGUUGCACGGUUGAAGAAGGCCCUCAGUGAACUCAGCAGCAGUUCCAGUCGCUCCAGUGAGCCUGGCCUGACUGAUAUGGGUCAGCUGGUGGUGUCCUGCAGCCGAGAGCAUCUUCUGUCCCCUCCGGAGACACCCACGUCCCUCCGGGCGCUCCCGGCACCAGACCCGCUGCUCACGCUGCAGAGCGACGACUCCAAGGUCCAGUGGCAGGAGUCGGGCGACCUGCGGCAGCAGCUGGAGCGACUGCAGGGCGAGCUGCGUCUGGAGCGGCAGCAGCGAGAGCGGCAGGCGCUCACCUUCACUCAGGAGCGCCAGACCUGGCAGGACGAGAAAGAGCGCGUGCUGAAGUACCAGGCGCAGCUGCAGCUCAGCUACGUGGAGAUGCUGCAGAAGAACCAGGCUCUGGAGGAGCGCGUAGACAAGCUGGGAGCCCAGAUCGCAACGCCGUCGCCGCUGGAUGCCCCUGUGUCCGUCUCCAUAUCCCUGACCUCUCCCACCCCACCAGCGGAGGAGAAGAAGCUGCCGGAGAUGCACCAGCUGGCUCCGAUGUGGCCCGUGCCGACCCGACUGGAGAGGAUCGAGUCAACGGAGAUCUAAUGCAUCCCUGAUUACAACUGCAUUCAGUACAAUCCAAAAACUAAACCGCUUGCGAGGACUGUCCAAGGAUGCCCUGCUUGUCUGGGGCAGGUGUGUGGGUUGAGGGCAGGUCCGUUGGGUAGUUAUGAGUUGCAUGUGUGGCCUUAUCAGCUGGUUUAGUGCAGAGGAGCUGGCCGCAGGUCAGUAGCCAAGCGGAAAACACUCAGGGGUUUAUGGGGAACUGGCAUUAACAGACUGUUUCAGCUUUGUGUUUUUACAGGCGCGAGGGUUUAGGCUAUUAAUAAGUCACCAUCUUUUCUGAAGAAUAUCCUAAUAAUGACAGCAUCUUUCUGUAAACUUCAAACAAUCAAAACUAGACUAAAACUGCAGGGAGUUCCUCUUAAAGUGAAGUUCUUGCAUGGUGCUUAGAUGCAACGCACCAUCACGUUUAAGGACCAAAUCUUAGUGCCAGUCUCGUAUGUUAAUGUUUAUGUUUGUUGGGCCGCAGAAACAUACUCUACACAAGUACACAGAUGUGCAAGAUGAAAUUAAGCAGAUUAUUCAAGCGUUCAAAAGAUUUGAUGAUUUGGAAGAAGUUCUUCUCUUCUGCUCAGCAAGGCUGCAUUUAUUUCAUUAAAAAUGCAGUAAAAUUUUGAAAUAUUAUUACAAUUUAAAA